GGGGAGGAGUGCGCACAUACACACACAGGCACACACGCACACGGGCAGGCAGCGGCACCGGAUCGGUUGCUGUUUGCUGCGAGGUCCGCAGGGAGCCGAGCGCUGAAUAAACCAAGCCGGAGCAUCAGGCGAGCAGAUCUGCUCCCUCGCAAAAGUCCUUAAGGUAAAACCCGGCCCCUCGGCUGGGCUGCCCUUCGGAGACCACCCGUGCUGGGCUCACUGCUGUCGUGGUCAUCGUCUCUGACUAUGGUUUUAUUUUUAAAGGAAUCAAUUCGGGGGACGCUGGCAAAAGAAGUUGCUGAAAGGCAGGCUGACGCGGCCGGGAGCAGCUGAACUUUGUGGGGUUUGAAUAUAUGUUUUUCCUCUGCGGACACUUCGGGCAGUGUUCCGGUGAGAGUCACGGCACCGCACACCUUGCACCGGCUGUUACCCAGACUGAGUCUGGGGGACGGCAAAGGGGAGAUUUCCGUCUCUCUGAGGACCAUCACCCUGUGAGAAGAAGCUGGAGAAAGGCAAUUUAUCUUUCUUUUCCAGAUGACUGAAAAUACCUACAGGAACCUGUCUCUUUGGUUUUCAUCAGUGAGUAGCGUCAGGGAGAGACGGCUGAGGAACAAAAAUGAUGUCAGUCGAAAUCAUUCCAGCACCUACUUUUUCCCAAGGAACUUCAUGCCCGUAGGGGUUUCCUGUGGGCAUUUCCAGGAGUGAGAACAACGUACUACAGAUUCAACCCUACCAGAUCAUGUAAGAAUUUGCGAAUGCGAAACCUACCCCAGCAAGACCUUCUCUGCCCAGUUCGCAGCACAUGGUUUGGUGUAAGCACAGCAAUUCUCGCCUCUUUCUCUCCUUUUUAAAUAUCUUGAGCUUGGAGAUCUCUUUCCUCAUUGCAAUUAUGAUUAUUUGCAACAUCAGUGCCAUCAAAGAUUGGAGCACUUUCCUCUCCCAGAUCCUCCCCAGCGUUAACAAGACUCUCAACUUGGUACAGCAAGUGGAAGCCACCACCAGCUCGGUGGUAAGUGUCCUCCAGGACCCUGAGCAGGACAACUACCUGUCCAACAGCCAGUCCAUGAACUCCAGCAACUUCACGGCUGGCCUGGACCACUUGUUCCAGUACUCGUACUCGGACAAUGACCAGCUUUACAAGGAGUAUAAACCCCCUCCUCGAGACGCCAUUCCUCUGCCCAAGGCUGUCCUCUACCUCCUCAUGGCAGCCCUGGUGGUGGUGGCAGUGGCAUAUGCCAUCGUUGGACAUCUCAUCAAGGACCUCAUUCAUGACUUUAUAGACUGGAUCUUCGGCCCCAGCCCGGAUGACAACAGCAACAAGAGCGACAUCAACUGCAUCAGCAACAGCGUCAACGAGAUGAGCGAGAUGCCCGAGGUGCCGCGGCGCCGGGACCGCCAGCCCCAGGACGUGGUCAUUGCCAUCGGCGAGACCUGCCACCUGCCACAGCAGACGUGACAAGCGCGGUGGCUGGGCCAGAUGGGAUGGAUGGAGCAGCAGGACAGUGCAGCAGCCACCUUGCAGGACCAGGCAGUGAGAGAAAGGGAUGGGCAGAGCUGGCACUGUGGAGCAAAGCCCUCCUCACCCUGGUUUUGCCAGCCUCUUAGGACCUUGCUGGGCUGGGUGGCUAAUCAGUCCUGCCCUGACAUCUGUCCGUGGGUUUGUGACAUCCUUUUCUUCCCUGUGAAUAGCAAAAAAAAAAAAGAAAAAAAAAAAAAGAAAA